AAAUGAAGCGAACCACGGGACAGCACGAUUCGCGCUGACGGAUGAUGGAUGACUCCUGGCCGCCUGGGACCAUCUUCACGAAGGAAGCGGCUGCCAGCAUGUCCGAGACAGCGACCCAGGGAUUAGUGGCAGCUUCCCUGCAUUCCGAUUGGGCGACAAGGUUACUUCCUGUCAGACCUGCCAGGGUCUAACGGCCUACUAACAACAAGCGACAUUUUGUAUAAGAGACAACACCCGCCGAAUCUAGAAUGCACACGAACGAAAUAGUUGCAGCGAGCGUCGUACUUGGACUCUGCUUUGUCGCUGCCAUGGCACUCGUUACACGCUUCCUCCUGCACAAGCAGCCCAAGACCACUUCAACAGACGACAUGUUUACUACGGACGGCAAGACUGAGCGGCAGGUUCAACUCACGCAAAUUUCCAGCUCGUGGAAGAGAUUCUUAACUCCAAAGCAAAGUUCUAGCAAAGGACAUUGGGUACCAACAUUGUCGGGCAUCAUCAAGGCUGGCGACGAGGGUUUGUUUUCCUCCGCGUUGUUUAUCAACCUCCAAGGACAUCCUGGACAACUACCCCUCGAAACCUUGUACGAUGCGUUCGCGAACGAAGUUCGAAACCGACCAAUCUCGGAGCGAUCAUCACACCCCGGAGACAUGACGAGAUUCCUUGCUCGAGCAAAGAAACCUGCGAGCGGCGUGGGGCGGUCAAAGUCGAUGUCCAAUGUUCGGCGAGCAGACCCUAGCCCAAAGACUGCGAGGAAGAGCUUGGAUUUAUCGGUGGUUGAGAUGGGUUUGGCUAGGGGCUUAUCUGUGAAGAAGCCGUCGUCUACCUUGGUGUCGAUGCACAAAGGACUGCGAGACGACGACCAGAAAUCUGUACAACGAGCUUGGGCCAAGGAUGGUCAAACUGCAAAGUAUGAGGAUGGACGGUUAAGCGUAAAGGUUUCUGCUUCCGAACUUGCGGCGCUCUCUGUAAUUCUUGGAAGUCAGUUGAGCAACAGUCCUGGCCAACAAGAUGCGUCAUCGGAGAGCAGUGCCUAUGGCAUCUCAAUGGGUCUUUCGCCAACGACAGACUCCAAACACCAAAUCGCGCUCACACAACAAAAGCCCAGCAGAUCACAACGGCAUGCGCAAGGCUCAGGCACUUCACCACUCUUCGCAAAGCACCUUGCGGCUGGCUCCCUCCCAUAUUCACAAGAUAAGAUUGGCGUUCACAGUAUUCUCAUCACAGACGAGUCUUUCGAGGCAUUGCAAGCAGGAGCUUCUCUAUACAUACACCCAUAUGUCGCAAGAACACCACAAUCCAAGUUCCUCGCUUCGCUACCCAGUUCCCGCGAAGCACGAUUCCACAUCCUCGCCACAUCAACCGAAGUCCAUACCUCAAACACUUUACUAGACGCCAUCGCAUCAUUGCCGUUCUCUGGCGGCCUUGUGCCCCUCGCCUCAAAACCCCUGAUCAAGACCGUCCAGUUCAUCGCCUCCGCCGGUCUCCCUCACGCACGCCUACUUCAGCGCCUCGAGCAACUCGUCGACAAGGUUCACCGCCACACACCCCAUCUCAAUAUCCUGGGGCCUCUCUACGAGCCUCAAAACGCCAGUCUCCUCUUCCGCGAGCGCGAACGUCUCGGUAGACUCGCCAGCGACCCAACAACCCUUGACACUCUCGCCGACAAGACAGCCCGCAUGUCACGCUACACAACCCUCCUCGAGCGCCUCAUGGCCCUCAUACCAGACCUGAAAGCGCCAGAUGUUCUUGCUGCAGUCCAGGAAGCAACAAAACAAGAGAUGCGACGUGCAUACCAACAAGCCGUCGCGGCGCACAGUUCCUCCACCCCAGCCAGCAAAAGCGCAGAGACGGUCUGCUCUCCCGUAUCAGCAUCGUCGUCCGAACCACAACAGCAGCAGCGCAAACGAAUCUCUACAUCUUCACGCCGUAGUACUCGUUAUUCGAAUCGCUCUAGCACAUUUUCAUCUGACAUCACGGAAGCGAGCCCAGCGCUUACAACAUCGAUGGAUGAUAAAGAGAGGAGUCUAGCGAAGCAGAUAGAGCAUGUUCUCAAAUCGGAACUACCGCUGGAUGUUAGUACAAUUGCUUUCGUAGCGCGGAUGGUGAUUGUUGCGUGGACAGUUAGUGUGGGCGUUGUAGCUUGGGAGGAGGGUGAGGAGGGGUUCCGAGUGCCCGAUGUGGAUGCAUUGGGAAAGUUAGUUCUGGUUUAGAUUGGACACCCGAGCACUUGCAGUGCGCGAUUGUAC